UGCUAUCGGCGCGGACAAGCUGGCCACUGGUCGUCGCAGUGCACGAGGGAGUUGCGGUGCUACGCGUGCAACCAACCGGGUCACCUCGCGAGGCAGUGUACGAACGCGGAGGCGAAGGCGGCCAACGAUGCCUACCUUCAGCAGCGUGAGACGAAGGCCACAGCACCGGCGGCGGAAAACAAUUAG